AUGUCCUCUCCGAUAAACUACGCUAAACUUUUCGGAUUUGAAUCCGUUGCCGCGGCUGGUAUCUUUGCUGCACUUUAUGCGCCCCUCACGGUUUGGUUCUUUCUCCUACUCAUUCGACACCGGUCCUACGUCGUGUUCACGUUAGUUAUUUUCUGCCAAAUCCGUUUUGUGGCAUUUAUCAUCCGUGCGAUUCUGGCAGGAUCAAAAACCGCUGCUGAAAAUCUCGACCUCUUCAUUGCUGGUGAAGUCCUCUUCUCCGUUGGUUUCUUUGGUCUGCUUUAUGGUGCCUAUGGUCUUGUUAUGGACCGACUCAUGCGUAGUCGCAUAUUCUUCCAUCUUGGCUUAUCCACCGGCGUCGCGUUGGGCAUCGUAGGAAUCGUCGAAACCUCUAACAACACCUCCAGCACUAUCGGAAGUGUUUUCCGAAAAGUCAGCGUGAUAAUAUUCGUGGUUCUCACUGUGCUUCAAGCCUACCAGACGGUCAAUUUGGUGAUAGCAGAACGAAGAGGCACUUCUUUUGGAGCACGCCAUGGCGCCUUGAUCUUCAUGCUCAUUGCUAUCCUGUUACUUUUACGGGAGAUAUUUAUAGUGGCUACUAUAGGAUCCACAGCCCAACAGAAUAAUGAGCAUCUGUGGUAUCCUCUAGUAGCCCUGCCCGAGCUACUUUGUAUAAUUUUGUAUGCAGUACCUGGACUUAUUCCUCCAAAACGGAGCGAUAUUUACAAUCUUCCGAAGUAG